CCAGGAUUGGUGGGGGCUGCUGGUUUAAGCCAAUAGGCAGGAAGCAGCGCUAAUGUCAUUUCACUGUGACCGCCGAGAGGAGCACCACAGCGCACCGUGCGCAGCUGAAAUGACUGAGAUGUGGUGACAGUGCGUGAAGUCAGACCAGGCUCUCUCAGCGCUCCUCUCCAAUGCAGCCAGUAUCUGGGGUUUAAGCUUAUCGCUUUGCACAGCUCCUGGUUCAGCUUUUCGGCACAGCGGUGCACCCUCUCUGGACUUUGCAUCUAAUGCCAAUGAGACGCAGCGUGACUCGCCUUUCUCUCUUCGGGAAUAUUGGUUCUGGAUACUCUGCUUGCUGCGACUCAACACAUUUGGAGUAAAACGAGAGUCUGAUGAGCCUGACGAGUGCAGCAGGGCCAGCGGCUGGCUUUCAGGGUGGAGCCCGCCAGCGAGACUUUGUCAUGGAGCAGAAAGUCAGUAAGCUAACCUCUGGCUUCCAACGCAGCUCCACCUCUGAUGAUGACUCUGGCUGUGCGCUAGAGGAGUACGCCUGGGUACCACCUGGCCUUAGACCUGAACAGGUACAGUUAUAUUUUUCCUGCCUGCCUGAAGAUAAGGUCCCCUAUGUCAACAGUCCAGGGGAGAAGUUUCGAAUCAAGCAGCUCCUCUACCAACUGCCACCACAUGAUAAUGAGAUUCGUUAUUGCCAGUCUCUCAGUGAGGAGGAGAAGAAGGAGCUCAAUAUGUUCAGUGUCCAGAGGAAGAAGGAAGCACUGGGGAGGGGCACAGUGAAACUGCUGCCUCGCAAUCUUCUGAACAGCAUUUGUGAGCAUUGUGGCGAAAGCAUCAACGGUGGAGAAAUGGCAGUGUUUGCUACAAGGGCCAGCCCUGGGCUGUGCUGGCACCCGGCAUGCUUUGCCUGCUCCACUUGUAGUGAACUGCUGGUAGAUUUGAUCUACUUCUACCACGAUGGAAAGAUCCACUGUGGAAGGCACCAUGCUGAGCUCCUCAAACCACGCUGCUCAGCCUGUGAUGAGAUCAUCUUUGCUGAUGAGUGCACAGAGGCAGAGGGGCGCCACUGGCACAUGAAGCACUUCUCCUGUUUUGAAUGUGAGACAAUCCUGGGAGGCCAGCGCUACAUCAUGAAGGAUGGCAGACCAUACUGUUGUGGCUGCUUUGAGUCUCUCUAUGCAGAGUACUGUGAGGCCUGUGGAGAACACAUUGGUGUUGAUCAUGCUCAGAUGACCUAUGAUGGGCUCCACUGGCAUGCCACAGAGAGCUGCUUCAGCUGUACCCAGUGUAAGAGUUCUCUACUGGGUUGCCCUUUCCUACCACAUCAGGGUCGCAUUUACUGCUCCAAGGCCUGCAGUCUCGGUGAAGACGUGCAUGCCUCUGACUCCUCUGACUCUGCCUUUCAGUCAGCACGCUCACGUGAAUCCCGCCGCAGCGUGCGCAUGGGCAAGAGCAGUCGCUCAGCCGACCAAUGCCGGCAAUCGCUCCUCUUCUCGCCCUCUGUCAACUAUAAGUUCCCCGGCUUCAGUGGAAACCCUGAUGACACCCUGACCAACAAGCUUUCUCACAUGAACUUAUCUGAUGAGCAUUUCUGGAGGGGACGUGGUGAAGAGACCGAGGCACCUGAGGACCAGGAGGAGGAGUGGGCUGAGCAUGAAGACUAUAUGACUCAGCUGCUAUUAAAGUUUGGUGAACAUGGGAUCUUCCAACAGGCCAAUGACUCCAGGCCCACAGACUUCUGGAUUGCUGAAAAGGAUCCCAAGUCUAAGCAGGAGUCCUCAAAAACUGGCAGUGUUGGUGGAGGAGGAAGGGGCAGCCUGGCCAGUAAGAAGUACCAGGCUGAUAUGUACUGGGCACAGUCACAGGAUGGGCUAGGAGACUCUGCCUAUGGCAGCCAUCCAGGCCCAGCGAGUAGCAGAAAAAUCCAGGAACUGGAGUUGGACCACAGGGCUGGAGGAGGUUUCCAGGGGGAGGAACCACAAUGGUACACUGACUCUUUGGAGUGUAUCACGGACGAAUUGAAGAAGACAGAUCAAAGUGUCCGGGACUCUAUGGACUCACUUGCUCUCUCCAAUAUUACUGGGGCCUCCGUAGAUGGUGAUAGCAAAGACAGGGCCUUGGUAUAUUCCCUGCAAGGCUUUCAUGAACUGGAGACAGAAGACUGUGAGAAGACAAGUAAUAUGGGAACCCUCAACUCUUCAAUGUUACACAGAAGUGCAAAUUCCCUGAAAAGUCUUGCAUCUGAGCAGGAAGAGAAUGUUCCAGAAGAAGAGGAGGCGCCUUUAGAGGAACGACCCAAACCUCAUGUCCCUGCCCUCAGGAGGACACGUUCACAGUCUAGGCCUCAGCAAGUCAAAUUCUCUGAUGAUGUUGUGGACAAUGGCCAUUAUGGUGAUCUUCCAGUGCGUCAGCCUCCUAUGAGUGAACGCACUCGCCGGAGAGUGUACCACUUUGAGGAGAAGGGCCAAGAGCUUCACUCUGGUCGCCAUCAUCACCAUCACAGGAGGCGUCGCAGUCGCAAAUCUCGCUCUGACAAUGCUCUUAACCUUUUGCCCAAGGAGAGGGCCCAAAUGUGCUACAAAGCGGACCAUAGAAGGAAUGCUCUCGGCCCCAAGGAGCACCAGGCUUUCCAUGGUCAUCCUAAUCCUGCUGCCAUGUCAGACUACGGACUACAGGGCCCAGCCAUGGGAAGGUUCUUGGGGCUGUAUGGAGAUGAUGACGACGACUGGUGCUCCACGUGCUCUUCGUCCUCGUCUGAUUCUGAGGAGGAGGGCUUUUUCCUGGGUCAGCCCAUCCCUCAGCCCAGACCCCAUAGACAUUACUACACUGAUGACUUGCCUUGUCCCGUAGCGGGCAUGCCAUCUCCUCCGUAUGGCCAAUGGACUAAGUCCAAAAAGAAAAAAGGUCACAAAGGGAAAAAUUGUAUAAUUUCUUAGACUUUACUCUUUUGUGCAUUGGGUAAUGUUCUGAAACUCACCUCUGCCUCUUAUGUUCACAGUUUGAAAUACAAUAACAGUCUGCUUGCUAUUAUUGCGUCACAGCACUCAAUUUACCAAGGUGCUUGUGUAAAACACAAGUUCAUAUUCUGAUUAUUCAUAGGUGUUUGCUUCUGUAGCAUUACAAAAUGUUGGUAAAGUAUUUCAGAGUAAUGCAUAUUUAUAAAACACAAUUUAAACUGUGUUUAUUUAACAGUGCAGAUAUAAUGUAUAUAUUGUAGAAUUAAAAAAACAAAACAGCUAUUUUUGUACCCUUGACAUGCUUCGUACCAAAAUGGCAUUAACAGUAAACUAUUGUCGGUCGGUAUAGAGACUUUUUUUUAUGAGGGUGUCAGAAAUGUAAUGAUAAAUUGACUGUGACCCAAGCUCUUCAAAUGUGUUUUCUUCCAGGCUUGUGCGGCGCUAAAAUGAAAGCACUGUGUGUAUUAAAUUGCUUGGUUGAGCAGUGUAUUUAUGGGUCAUUUAAAGCAAAUCAUUGUAAUCUGUAUAAAUGUACAAACUGGAAUAUAAAGCAAAGAUAGAUGAUAAUUGUAAUAAAAAUAUCUAUAUAUCAUGA